AUGACAGAUUCUCAGGAUGAGGAGUUGGCCACGCUGACGGAUGAGAUGAAGAACGUCCACAUAACGCCAGCUCCGGAAGUGUGUAAAAGUAAUGAUUACUCUCACGUUUCCACAGCAUGGGAUCUGUCGUCGGAUGAAGGCUCACAAUCCGGGUCGCAGCCAGGACCUUCCCAGGCUGCGAAAGGAAAUGGAGACCUAACCGAUGAGGAUCAAAGCGUUUGUUCGCAGGAAGUUGAAGAAGGAGAAGGAGCAACGACGGGUGAUGAAGAUGAGAGGAAGCCGAAGGCGAAUGUUCUGAAGAAACAGAUGAAGAAAGGAAGGGAGGAGAAGUAUAAUAGGAAGCCGAUAAGUAAUGAGGAGGUACGCAUUUUAUCUUUAAUGUUUAUGUCUUUAGGAUCAAAUUGUGUUGUUUUUUGAAUAACAUUGGAAAUUCCAUUUGACUUAUUUUUGAUGGUGUUGUCGUUGGAAAGACUCUGUAAUUGGUUGUAAAUGCAUUGCAGAUUGUCAAACUUCUGGUGGACAAGAGAGAAGACAUUUUCAAGCAGUUGGACGUCUUUAUGCGAGGGAUAAAACUAAAGGAGUACAAUAAAAAUACAAAGUUUUCAGCAAUUAUUAUGGAUAAGAUUAACAUCACUGUAAGUAUUCUUCCCUUCUUUUGUUUUCAUUCUGUUAGUUCUCGAUGUUGGACUUAUUCAAUGAGAGGUGCACAAAGAUUGGAUUCGUGGUAUCUUCUUUGUUUCAAACCGAAAAAGAACCGGCCGCCCUCAACUGCAUGGUGGCAUUUCUUCCGAGGUCGAAUGACAUUAACGUCUUUUUUUCUGGCUACACCGAACUUAUCGACCUCAUGGCAGAUUAUCUAAAAAAUCGUAAAGAAUUUUUUAAAUUUCUUUCUGUGUUUUGGUAAAGUAAACUUUAAUAUCUCUUCAGCCCAUCAUUCCCCGACUCCACAAUGCUCUCUCGCCGUACUGGAGCGCAUGCAUAUCAUUCCCAAUCUCGGGGAAAGGAAGAGGUUCAGCGGAUAUGCGUUAUAUUGCACAUGCUGCGAGCAUCAUAUAAAGGGAAUGCUCGGGGUCAUGGAGCAUGUCCGAUGUUUGGAACAUCAACUGUUUCAUGAGGUAAGGACGUGAUUCAAAUUAGUUUUGCGAGGUUUUGGCCUGGCUUUAGGGUUUUUAUCAAUUUUAUUAUUAUUUUUUUUCUUUUUAGAGGCUAGAAUCUAGAAAAAAGCUGUACGAAUACGUGGUUCGUCGACCAGUGGGAGAACCCACGACGUUGUCGCGUUUUUUGAUUCCCGAACUCAACCUACAACACCAGAGGUUGCUGGAUAUAAUGGCAGAUCGGGAAGCACUCGACAUUGAUUCUCUGCGGGGCUUCCUUGCAAAAAAGAUUGCAAUUGAUUUGAGGGGUAAGAAUACUCUGGAGAUAUUUUGGUAUUUGAUUUCUAGAUUUUUGAAAUAUUCGAUCUUAUUUUGGUAUCUAAAACAUGAUUCUUAUAACUUUUAGAAUUCACCUCAUCCUCUCCUACGGUUACUGUGACCUUAUUUGGAGGCAUUACAACUGGUCUGAUCUCCCCCGGUCGGCCUUUCCACGUGGAUGCUUACAUUGAUAUCAGAUGUGAAAAGGAACCCCCGGCCCAAAAAAAGAAGAUCUGGCUUCAGAGGGUGUUCCACAAAUCCCGGGCUUGUCUCGACUUUGCCUUCCCCGGCGCGACAGCGGUUGUUUUAUACCGGAAAAAGCCGAUUGACGUGUUUUACACGACGGAUCAUAGGGCCUUGGACGCGGUGAAGGCCUCAAUGUUACUUAAUUUUUACUGUUCUUUCUUCCCGUUCUUCCCCUUUGCCGCUUUCCAUUUGAGGUGUUGGGCGACGGUAUGUUUGCACUGUCAUUUGGAAGAAUAGGGGAUGAAAUUUUGACUGGUUUCGGAAAAAAAUCCUUGUUUUUUAGAUGUAAAAUUAUCUUUGAAGUAGAUUUUAUCGAAUGAAAUUUUCUGGGGCUCUGUGAUUCACUAUGAGAAAUACGGUAGCAUCUUUCAGAGAAUGGGAUUCACCUCAACGUUUGAUGACCGAGGAGUCUCCGGCUCGGCUUGGGACAUCAUGACCCUAUUCUAUUGCCAAAGGAUGGGCUGGCUCCCCUAUAUUAAUGAAGAGAUCAUCGAGAUGUCAUGGGACGAGUUUUUUUCUCUUCCCUACCCCAUUCAACAACAAAAGGUCCAAAAGAUUGUAAAUGGGUCUCGGCUCGCAGAACCGGAGGCUGUUCCUCUCAUUGUUUUUGGCCUCUUCCGAUUCUAUGGCGCGGAAUUCGAUCCAGCGGAAGUGAUCCAAAUUACGCAAAGAGAACCCGUUUUCAAGGAGAAGAAUGGCACGAGAACUUGGAGAGUGGAAUGCCCCAUCUCCGGGAAUAAUCUACUGCAAUGUCGGGCCGAAGUCGACGCUUUUUUGCAGGCAGUUUUCUUCUACGCGGCCGUGGCGGAAAGUCAAAUGAGGGACGGACGGGGGGAUACGCAGCCAUUGGAGUAGGUGGAAGAAUAUUUUGGUAGAUUUCCGGAUCUAUAUUUAUAUUACACUUGUUGGAGAUGAUGUGUUAUUUAUUUUAGGACUGUUUUGUUCAAGAAUCUCCGAGGACACAAACUGUCAUUCGUCCUUUUGGCUGGACGGAAUUCUAAAAGGUCGGAUAUCUUCUACCCGUUGUCUGCUCCGAAUCCUGGGAUUUGGGCGCUUCAUCCAAAAAUUGUGAGUUUUUUAGAGAAAGGUUUUAUUAAUGUUACUAAAUUUGAAAUUUUAGUUCACUCCCAACCUACUUUGCGAUUUUUGCGGAGGAAAUCACAAGGAAAGAGAAUGCCCUCGGCUCAGUGUGAUCAGUGUCACGGUGAAUGUAAAGGAUAAGGUCUUGAACCGACUCUCCGAACUGAUCGAACAACAGUAUGAAAGCCUGAAAGCGAGUGAACAAUUCAUAAUGGAUGCCCAAAACUUUAUUCAGGAGCUACAAGUCGAUCUGAGAGAACAUUUGCAAAAUGAAAACAUUCGAUUGGACCUGUUUGGCUCACUGAUCAGCGGAUUUGGGAACAUGUCCAGUGAUCUGGAUGUUUGCCUAAGGCUGGAUUAUGAAGACGUGGACGAAGGUGAGGGCUUUUGAGGAAGAAACAGAGCUUUGAGUUUUCGAAAAAUUAAAAUUUGUUUAUUUCUAGAUGAUACCGUCGGUCAUUCCCUCCUGAGACAGAUCCAUUGGCAUUUAACCGAACGCAAAUUUGACACCCGCUUGGUUGCCCAUGCCAAGGUACCCAUCGUCAAGUUCAACACCGAACAGUUUGGAUGGAGCGGCGACAUCUCCUUCUACAAUUGCCUCGCCCUCCACAACAGCGAAAUGCUCCGGGAAUACUGCGACUUCGACGACCGUGUCCCCCAACUCGGCGUGGCCAUAAAAGCCUGGGCCAAGGCCUUCGAUCUGAACGAUGCAUCCCAAGGAACCUUCAGCUCGUAUUCGUUGAUUAUCAUGAUGAUUUAUUAUCUGCAAAAGGCGGGCGUUUUACCAAGGCUUCAGGAUCCGAUCUCAUGCCCCGGACUCAAGGAUCAUGAGCCGAGAUCGGUGGGCGAAUGGACGGUUCAUUUUUACAAGCCAACGGAGGAAUUCAAAAGAAACUUUAGCAGAAAUAAUAAGACGGUGGGGCAGUUGUUCUCCGGGUUCUUUGACUUUUACAUCGACACUUUCUCCAUCAACGAUGAGGUGGUCCAGAUUAGAACUGGCCGCACUCUGACCAAGAUUGAGAAGGAAUGGACCAAAUGCUUGUGGGCUGUGGAGGAUCCCUUCGAUCUAAAUCACAAUCUGACCUCAGGCGUGAAACGAGUUAGUAAGUGUCCGGAUUUUUUUUUUUUUUUUUUGUAGGAGAACAAUUUUUCUUGAGAGUUUAAUAAUUUUUUUUUGUAAAAACGUUUUGUAUUGCAGCCGGUCUCUAUGUCGUCCAAGCCAUGAAUAUCAUGCAGCAUAUCCUCCGAACCCAGGAAGCCAAGAUUUGUUCGCCGGACUUUACCCUCAGCAAGCUGGAAGAGUUUGUUCCGAAUCCAAUGGGAGCCGUGGGAAAGGUCUGCUUCAAUUGCCGAGAAAAAGGGCAUACGGUGCAAAAGUGCCCCAAGUUGGCAGAACAGAAAAAGUAAGUGGGUCUACUGUAGGAUCUUGAAGUUAGGGUGGAGUUUUGGUUUUUGCAGCAACUUUUUUUUAUUUCUUUGAUUACUGUUAUUGAUUUUUUGUUAUUUUUAGGCAUUUAAAACAAAUCAGAAAGGAAAGAUUGGCCAAGAAAGCGGAGAAAGACACGAAUGGAGCGGAGGGGAAGAAACCUUCAGCACCUUUCAAUAGAAUGCACAUAGAACGGAAUAAGAGGCCCCCUCAGGCAAUGAGGAAUUAUGGGCAAUCGAAGUCGAAAGUCAACAAAUUGAUCGAGAAUCACAUAAAGACCGUGUGGGCGUUGAAUUCUGAUACUUCAAAUGGCUCGGAAGAGCCGACGAAACCAGCAGAGUCUUCAAAUGGAAACGAAUAUGCCCCAAGUUUGAGCCCUCAAAGUAAGUAUACGGUAGAUUUUUGUUUUUCGGGAAUAUUUCAUUAUUUUUAUUUGAUUUUUUAGAGAGCAAAGAACAUUUAUUGAAUCACAAGAAGUCAGAUAAGGGAUCGACAAAGUCUUCUUCGAAGCCCCCAGCCAAAAAUGAGACACCGGCGGGGGAAAGAGAUCCAGUCCAGAAGGGCAAGGCCAAGUCAAAUGAUAAGACCUCGGCCAAGUCAACUGCGGCAGUCCAGAAAAAUGGGAAGUCCGCCGAGAAAGUCCACAACUCCCAGAACAAGCCUGCUGGUUCAGUCGAGGAGACUCGCGCCAAACCCUCCAAGAAGAUGGAGAAGGAAGAAGUAAGCACUGUUGAACCAAUACAGAAGAUUUCGGCCGGGCCGUCUAAGGCAGCCAAACCAGUCGAAAAUAUUUCUAAGCAAACAGAGCCAGUCCAAAAUCCCCAGGUUGAAUCAGCUGGGCCUGCACGGAAUUCCGAUCCAGACAAGUCCUCGAAAAAGAGGAGCAAAAAGAAAAAGAAGAAUUAA